AUGGAUUCACAAGGUCGAAAGCUUAUCGUCGUUGACAACGGCACUGGAUUUGUAAAAUGUGGUUACGCUGGAACCAAUUUUCCUGCCCAUAUAUUUCCAUCAGUGGUAGGACGUCCAUUGGUACGGUCAUCGCAAAAAGUUGGUAGUAUAGAAAUUAAGGAUCUUAUGAUUGGUGAAGAAUGUACUCAGUUAAGGCAGAUGUUAGAAUGCAGUUAUCCAAUGGAAAAUGGAAUAGUUAGAAAUUGGGAUGACAUGGGUCAUGUAUGGGACUAUACAUUUGGUCCAGAAAAGAUGGAUAUUGAUCCGAAAGACUGCAAAUUAUUACUUACUGAGCCACCGUUGAAUCCAAGUGGUAAUCGUGAGAAACUUUUCCAAGUUAUGUUUGAGCAGUACGGUUUCAAUUCUCUCUACGUGGCUGUACAAGCAGUAUUGACACUUUAUCAUCAAGGAUUACUUACGGGUGUUGUUGUUGAUAGUGGUGAAGGUGUAACACACAUUUGUCCGGUGUACGAAGGAUACGCUUUGAAUCAUUUGACACGCCGUUUAGAUAUUGCUGGGCGUGACAUCACUCGUUAUUUAAUUAAACUCUUGCUACUGCGAGGUUAUGCUUUCAAUCAUACAGCAGAUUUCGAAACUGUUCGAUUAUUGAAAGAAAAAUUAUGUUACGUAGCUUAUGACGUGGAGAAAGAACAACGUCUAGCUCUUGAGACGACAGUUCUCACGGAAUCAUAUACUUUACCGGAUGGUCGCGUGAUUCGUGUUGGGGGCGAAAGAUUCGAAGCACCUGAAGUUUUAUUUCAACCACAUUUGAUUAAUGUUGAAAGAUCUGGUCUUAGUGAGUUACUGUUUGGAGUUAUACAAUCUGCUGACAUCGAUACUCGACUUGAAUUUUAUAAGCAUAUUGUGCUAUCUGGUGGUACCACCAUGUAUCCUGGUCUUCAGAGCCGUUUGGAACGUGAGUUGAAACAGCUUUAUCUCGAUCGAGUUCUGCGAGGGAAUACUGAGGCGUUUCAGAAGUUCAAAAUUCGAAUUGAAGCACCUCCAAGGAGGCAACAUAUGGUAUUUCUUGGUGGUGCUGUAUUAGCGAACAUCAUGAGGGAUCGAGACACAGAUUUCUGGAUUUCGAAACAGGAAUAUGAAGAAGGAGGACUUGAGCGAUGUUUGAGAAAGUUAGGCAUUAGGUGA